CUGGACCGUUCAAUCCCCCAUUCUCGCGCGUUUUCCCUGUGACGGACCCAGAGUCUUCACGGGUCUUCACGAUCAACAUCAUCAAAUUGCAUGCGUCGUGACUCGCGACUCAUACCCUCAGACCUCAUCCGAUCCAACUCUACAUCGGCCUCGAGGCAAGUGUAGUUCCUUGGGACUGCAUUGUCACGCGUGGUACGUGCACUUCAAUCUCGACCGUCUGGACGAGGAGAAUUACCAUUCUCUCCCUUCCUUUUCCUCUGCCGUGUCCCUCUUCCCUCUCUUCUCUUGAGUUUCUCCCACGAUGCCGCAGGUCCGUAGCCUUCGCACCCGAGGCACGAUGAAUGAGAACGACGAAAACGGACCUUCGACGCGUCUGACGCGGGCCAAGGCCGCAGCUCAGACUGACGGCCCUGCUGACGCCAUCAAGAAGCCCCUGCCGAGCAAGCGAGCCCCCGCUGCUGUCAAUGGAACCCGACGUGCUGCUCUUGGGGAUGUCAGCAAUGUGAACAAGGUCGACGCGGGUGGAGCCAAGGAUGGAAAGAAGGCCGUUGCUGGCAAGGCUGGCUUAACCUCAAAGGCCACUGUGAAGACUGGAGGUAUUCAGAAGCCCGGUCGCACCAACUCAACACGGAAGCCCCUGGGCCAUCGCGAGAUCAACGUUAAGAAGCCCGGUAGCCAAAAGCGUCCGGUCACCAAGGCCAAGGAUGAGAAGUCGCAGGAGGAGGAACCUCCUCUCAAGAAGCCCAACACCCAGAAGGUCCCCGAUGUGGUUGAUGACGAGUCGGUUGUCAAUACGAGCAUCAAGGAAGCUAUGGAGGAAGCUGUUCACGACCUGGAUACCGAGGACUUGGACGACCCGUUGAUGGCUGCCGAGUAUGUGGUGGAGAUCUUCGAUUACCUGAAGGACCUCGAAAUGGUCACGAUGCCGAACCAUCAGUACAUUGAACACCAGCCUGACUUGGAAUGGAAGAUGCGUGGUAUCCUCGUCGACUGGCUGAUUGAGGUUCACACUCGAUUCCGCCUGCUUCCCGAGACUCUGUUCCUGGCCGUCAACAUCAUCGACCGCUUCCUGUCCGCUGAGAUCGUGGCUUUGGACCGCCUGCAGCUCGUCGGCGUUACUGCCAUGUUCAUCGCUUCCAAGUAUGAGGAGGUGCUGUCCCCUCACGUUGCCAACUUCAGCCACGUUGCCGACGAGACUUUCUCCGACAAGGAGAUCCUGGAUGCCGAGCGUCACGUCCUCCAAACCCUCGAGUACAACAUGAGCUUCCCCAACCCCAUGAAUUUCCUGCGUCGUAUCUCCAAAGCCGACAACUACGAUAUCCAGACUCGCACUCUCGGCAAGUACCUGAUGGAGAUCAGCCUGCUCGACCACCGUUUCAUGAGCUAUCCCCAGAGCCACAUCGCCGCUGCUGCCAUGUACUUGGCACGCCUCAUCCUGGAGCGCGGGCCUUGGGACGCCACUCUCGCCCACUACGCUGGAUACACCGAGAAGGAAAUCGACCCCGUUUUCCGCCUAAUGAUUGACUACCUCCACCGCCCUGUGUCGCACGAGGCCUUCUUCAAGAAGUAUGCCAGCAAGAAGUUCUUGAAGGCUUCCAUCUUGACUCGCCAGUGGGCCAAGAAGUACCACAGCAUGUACAUCGACAGCUCCCUGUCGGAGCCGUACACUUACAUCAAGGAUGAACAGUAAUAAUACCAUUUACGAUGUUAUGCUAGCCCUGCGUCGACUUUUUCGCUUUCCUUCAUGACGACCCCAAGGCUCUCGCGACUAUUGAUCAGGGAGAUCGAAUUCCUCUAUUUGUUGGCAUUUCAUUGUGCUGGUAUCGAAUACCUUUUGCAUAUUCUUACGAUGACUUGAUUGAAUUUGUGCGCUUCCGCAUUUUGUCUUCUGUGAUGGGGGGUGUCUGGCGCUCAGCCCUGUGGUUUUUUCUUCCGGCUUGUGUUUUUCUUGUGCAUGGGGUUGAUACCUUUCCAUUCUCAUUCGCGGUCGUGAUACCGGCGUCGGAUUCUAUUGUUCUUCUCAUUUCCUCAUUUUUUCAGAUCGGAAUUUUACCUUAUUGCAGCCGUUGAUUUAUAUUCGUUCGGGUUACAUGCCUCACUGCGAGAGCCUUGGAAAUACGCUUUGACUUGUGCAAUCCCUUGGGCCUCAUGUCAGUGUGGAACUUGCAGAUGG